AUGAAGAUCCAUGAGAAGAUUUUAACACAUUACCUAUCCUGCACCUCACCGAUAAAUAAAGAAGGAUAUCUCUACAAAAAGAAAGAGAGGACCUCCUCCUACCAGAGGCGCUGGUUUGUCCUGAAAGCCAAUCUGCUGUUCUACCAGGAGCGUCCGGCAGAUCGACACCUGCUGGGGUUUAUUGUCCUAGAGGGCUGUGCUGUCCAGCGCUGUGAGUCUGAGGGAGGACUGUUUGCCUUCUCCAUGGUGUUCAGAGGUUCAGGGCUGAAAACCUACAGGCUUGCUGCUGAGGACCAGCUGGGCCAGGAGAGCUGGGUCAAAGCCCUGCUCACAGCCAGCCACUGCUACCUUUCACUGCUGGUCAGAGACCUGGGGAAGCAGUACGAAGAGGCUAAACGCCAAGCUGGCCCUGCUGAAUCUCAUCAACGAACCACUGUGACUGGUCCAGGCUCAAUGUGCCUUACCCAAUCCAUGACUUACCUGAACUCAUGCUCCUCCUCCUUCCUCAUGCCAGGACCAGUGAGGAGAGAAGGGGGAAGCCACAGUGCCAGUAAUGUAUUACAAGCCCCUCCAAUCCCCAGCAAAGUGAUCAAUAAGAGGUCCCCUAAGCAUUGGCCCAAGAGAAACGCACAUGUAACACCGAUAAAUGGACCAGCACCACCAUAUGGGGAAUGGCCACAAGUGGACUUUGAUCCUCUAGAGGAUUUCACCAAGCUACAUGAUUACUAUGGAGAGGAGGUGAAGCAGCUGAGAGCUGAUUGGCUGAGGAGGAGGCAGGAGGAAGAAGAGCACCUUGAGGAGGAUCUCAUUGACCUAAGUGAACACUGACCCACAGAGAUCAGACUGUCACCACUCUGGUUAUUUUGAUGAGGACUUUGGUGUGAAUGCCAGUAAUCUGAAAUAAGAAAGUGACUUUAUAAUUUGAGGAACUAG